UUUAUUGUUCCACGAAAAACGCCGGUAUAGCCUCUCUCAGGCUUCUCUCUGGACGGUACUUCUCGAAGAUGGUGUGGUUUUUCAUGAUUUGUGUACGAUUUGUCUCACGAGAACCUUUAUCGCGUUGUUUUGUACUGUUUGUAUACAACAUUGUUUAAGAAACAAGUUGGGGAGUAUUGAUUCUUCGCGUAUUCGUAAAUAUAGUCAGCAAAUCUGGAUGAAACCAGGGAGAAGAUGAUCGCCGCCUCAGAACCGGUGGAAUAUACGCCAGGUGGCCGACAGAUAAUCUUGAAGCAUCCUGGAUCAUUAAUUAGUCAACAGUUAUCUAAUAAUCGAACAACUUGUGGAGAAAAUAUUUUACUAAAAAAGUUCAGUGAAGUAAAUAUAUCGGAAAAGUCUCCUAAAGAAACAUGGCUGGUACGCAGUAAUAAAACAUGCGGAGAAGAAGAAUUAUAUUAUUCUGGUAAAGUUGCUGUUCAUUGUAAAGGCAAUCAAAAUACCCGAGUACUCGAAGCAACUUAUACAUGUGAAACAGAUAUUAAGCAUGCACUUUGGUGUACAUUUCAUACAAGCAUUCCAGAUCAUUUAACUAAAGGCAAAGAAUAUAAAGCUGAAGAUUCUAUUCACAAAUCUUUAGAAUGUAUCUGCCUGCUUGAUUCGUAUACUCUUAAGGUUUUUACAGAAUGUGGCGAAGAUUAUGUUUCUACUUUACAAUUUCAGGUUUCUGCAGUAUGGCCGACAAAAUAUGGAAUUAUACUUGAAAAAUGUCAAGUGCCAAUUAUAGAUUCAAGAUAUAUAUCUUUUGAAAACAGCAGAUUACCAAAUCAAAAUGAUAAUUUACCUGUUGCCUUUUCAUUAAUGCAUCCUUUAGAUGAGAUUUGUCCUCUGCUUAUUAAACAUGGAUCUUUGUCGUACAUGAAUGAAUCAAGUCAACAAAUUAUAUUCACUAGUUCAGAACCAUCCUUUGCAGUCAUAUAUGAUACAAAGUCCGGCUUGCAUUCAGUUUACAAGAUUCGCAAAGCUUUAGCAGAAGAAUGCCAAAUAGUUUGUGGAAUUAACGAUACGAGUUUACUAAAUCAUUCAGUUAACAUGUCAUCAUUAAAUGUUGGCAGCAAUUUAUCCAUCAAUAAAAGUUGCACCAACAAGGGACAUCAAAGUCCUUUUCUUCUUGGAAUUCCAAAUUUACAAAUGAGUAACAAUACUGGUAUAGGUCUGGGACUAUCUAAUACUCCAUUCGGAUCGCGUACUGGCUCUUAUAGUACCGCUUCAGGUGGACCAUCUCCUCAGCAGCAGCAGCACUCACGCUCGCAAAGCUCGAUGGCUACCAUUUCUCGUUGUCAAUCGCCCACGCAUUCAGCAGCUUUAUCUCCUUUGCUUGGAGUACCAACAAAUUCAAAUAUCUAUAACAGAUUACAUCAGACAGUUAUGAUAACUACCUCGAGUCAAAUACAUAGUCCAAUUACUAGUUACAACAAUGUUCAAUUGAAAGGUGCUGCAAUUGCAAGCAAACCUUUAUAUCCUGAGGUUUGUCUUGAACAUGUAUGGACAGAAAACGUAGGUAUAUCAAAAGAUAUUGUUUAUGGUCGUGCAUCAAAGGUUUUCUUAACAUCAGAUCUUGUUGGACAGACUUAUUUGGGCUAUUUGGUUCCAAAUCGUUUGCAACUUUUUCUAGUCAGAUUAGAAAAGACUAAUAAACAACAACAAAUCAUUUUCGGAAUGAUAACAAACAUUGCGGCCAAGGAUGCUGUUAAUUUAUCAAAUUUGCACAUGAUAGCAAUUGUAGAUUUAUCAAAUGGUAUAGCAUUAUAUACAGGAGUUACAUGUGUGGGCAAAUUACACAUGUCUGGUAUACUGUCCAAUCUUACAGGCAGUAAUUACUUUUUAUCAAAUAGUAAUUCUAAGAUUGCAUCUCCAUUUCCGAGACGAAGUUCCUUGAUUUGUCAAAAUUGUGCACCUUCACAUGAAGUUAAAUUUGAAGAGAGUAUGCAUUUACUAAGCCCUGUAGGUGGUAAUUGCGCCCGUCCACCGAUUCUUUUAGAAAAUUCAUUACUGGAUACAAAUUUUCUUGCAUUGAAAGAUGCUGUAGGCAAUGAGAUUACCGUGGAAUGCGGAAAGAAACAAUACUUUCGUAUAACAUUACCCGUAUCUAGUACAUCUCCUUUAGUUACUAAAUGUUUACAUACAUUGCGAAGUGUACUUCAAAGAGACUUAGCAAUGCAAUUAUUGGUUAAAUGGUACGGCGCUAGAAACGCUCCUGGUCCGCAAGAUUUUUCACCGGCGCAAGAAUGGGAUCUCUUCCUUGUGGUUCUGUUUACAUUAUUGGGAUACGAUGUGGAGAAACUACACUUAAUACGAAAUAAUGAGAAAGAUCAAUUUACAGAAUAUAAUAGUAAUAGUCCUACAGUGCUUCCUAAAAAACAGAAAACCAACAAUUGUGGAUCUGUAGAUGAUUGGCUGUACAUAUUGGAAUCAAACGAAUUUAAAAAUUCUCAAUUUUUUAUCUCGAAUAUACUGAAUAGUCAAAAGAUAUCCAGCUUUCUUUGCACAAUUCCCAAAAAUGCUGCAGAAUCAAAUAACAUCGGUAAAAUAAAUGUACAAGCCGCUUUAUAUCCACAUCUUCCGCUUGUUUUAUUUUCUCUUCAUCUCUUAUAUGAGGAAUUGAAAUUAAACAGUGUUAUAUUGGAAAGUUUACCAUUGCUCGGGCAAUUAUUGUAUCAAUUGAGCAUAGAUUUAAAAUUUGAGAUGUACGCUCACCAUUAUUUUCUUGAUUCUCCAUCGUUAUCUUAUUUAAAAAGCGUAAAGUCUCAGAUUAGUGACUCGGAUCUACAGAAAAUAACAAUUCCAAAUUAUAUUCCUCGAAAACCGCCGAACAUAUUUGAAACAUUGAACAGUAUGCUAAAUGGAAUAGAGACAAAUGCAUUCCCAUAUCUAAGUCAUGUUAAUCGAAGAACGAGAAAUGUAAUAUAUUUAACAGUACUUGUGGCGAAUGAAAACCGCGUUGAUGUAAUAGAAAUGGAGAAGUAUAUUAAAUUAAUUAUACCUGCUGGAAGUCGCAUCGAUCUUCAAGAAAAUGGAGGCAAAUCUGAUAAAGAGAUAUGGAAAAAAAUGGAGAAGCCUGCAACAGAUAGAAUAAUAUUAAUGUAUCAUGAAAUGGGUAUGACUAAAGAAGAUCUCGAAAUAUUACCACCUGCGAUAUCUCUAAUGAUAAAAGAUGUUAUGCAUAGAUGUAGAGAAUGUCCACCAUCAAAUUGGCCUAUGCAUGCAUAUGAACUCGUGGAUCGUCAAGAUUUAGCCGCAUUGGAUAAGCAUUUAAAAUCAUCGUCAAGAUUACAAUAUAUUGACGGCGAAACAAAGGAUUAUGGAAUAAAGGAUGAACAUGAUGAUGGCAUGGAAUUUGAUGAUAUGAUAUUAAAGUUGAGAUUUAGUAAGGAUCAUAGAGUCGCUGAAGUGCGAAGAUUGCUCAAUUCCUCAAAACCAGUAAAAAUCGCAAUAGUUCAAAGAUCAAAUGUAAGUGAUCAUGAAUUUAUAGAAGAACAAGAGAGGCAUCUGCAUACAUUAUGCACAAGAACAAUGGCAUUGCCUGUAGCUAGAGGCAUGUUUACAUUGAGAACUUCCACACCAAUGAUAACAGAACAAUUACCUAUUCCACGAUUAUGCUUGACAGGCAAGGCACCUCCCCGUGGAAAUACCGUCGAGUUAACUCACAUAGAUGUUGCACCAAAUAUGAAUCUGUGGCCAUUAUUUCAUAACGGCGUAGCUGCAGGCCUGUGUAUUCAUCCAGAUGCCGCAAACAUUGAUUCGACAUGGAUAGUGUACAAUAAACAGCAACAGGGUGAAUACGGGGUAGAACACUCAGGAUUUUUAAUGGCUCUCGGUUUAAACGGACAUCUUAAAAAUUUAGCUCCUUUAAGUACAUAUGAAUAUUUAGCUGAUUGCCAUGAAGCUACCAGUGUUGGACUCUUGCUUGGCUUGUCAGCAACACAUCGCGGUACAAUGAACGUAUCUAUGACUAAGCUAUUAUCGUUACACGUAGAAACGCUUUUGCCACCGACGAGUAUCGAAUUAAAUGUACAACAGAAUGUUCAAAUAGCGGCAUUAAUGGGUGUUGGUCUCGUGUACCAAGGAACUGCUCAUAGACAUAUUUCACAUGCUUUAUUAUCUGAAAUUGGUAGACCUCCAGGGCCUGAAAUGAAAAAUUGUGUGGAUCGUGAAUCAUAUUCCUUGACAGCAGGAUUAGCAUUGGGUUUAGUUAUACUUGGUUCUGGUGGUGGAGCGGAUGUACCUGCAAGUAUACCCGAUACUUUACAUUAUUACAUGGUUGGUGGAUACACAAGACCUUUUUCUGGAGCACAAAAAGAUAAAUACAAGUCCCCCAGUUAUCAAAUACGAGAAGGAGAUUCGAUAAAUAUCGAUGUAACAAGCCCGGGAGCAACAAUAGCUUUAGGAUUAAUGUAUUUUAAUACUGGAAAUCGUGCAGUAGCCGAGUGGAUGCAACCUCCCGAUACGCAGUAUUUAUUAGAAUUCGUAAGGCCAGAUUUUCUGCUGUUACGAGUGCUCGCAAAGUCGCUAAUUUUAUGGGAUGAUAUCGAACCAACCAAAUCGUGGGUUUCUAGUCACGUACCUAAUAUCGUUUACAAAUACAGAUUGCAAAAGCCUACGCCGGAAAUUACACAGAAUGUGGAUUUGGAAACUAUCAAUCAGGCUUACUGCAACAUUAUAGCUGGUGCUUGCAUGGCAUUGGGAUUAAGAUACGCAGGCACUGCUAAUAAAAAUGCUUUCAAGACUUUAUACAAUUAUGCUCAAAUGUUUACGGCAUUGUCACAUAAAACUAUAGCCGAAUUAGCUGGCAAAUCAACUGUUGAAACAUGUCUGAACGUUGUUUUGCUUUCAACUGCAGUGAUAAUGGCGGGUACCGGUGAUUUGGAUAUUAUAAGAAUAUGCAGACACAUACGCACUCGCAUAGGACCUGCCAGCGGCGUUGUCACGUACGGUUCUCAUUUGGCAACGCAUAUGGCCCUCGGUCUUCUUUUCUUAGGCGGUGGGAGAUACACUCUUUCUAAUAGUCCAAAUGCAGUCGCAGCUCUUAUAAUUUCGCUUUUUCCAAAAUUUCCAACUCACAGCAACGACAACAGAUAUCAUUUACAAGCAUUGCGUCACUUGUAUGUAUUAGCAGCUGAACCACGUAUUAUUUUACCAAGAGACAUAGAUACUGGUCAGUAUUGCUAUGCCACAAUACAUUUAACAUUCGAGACUGAUAGGGAAGCUGAAGGACAAGAGAUUAGUUUACAAGCACCCUGUUUAUUACCACAGCUGUGUAAUUUGAAAAAAAUUGAAUUAAAAGAUACAAGAUAUUGGACAAUUAUAUUUGAGAAACAUCAUAACUGGCAACAAUUAGAAAAUAUGUUGGAAAGACACGAUUUCUUAAGUAUUAAGCAAAGAGCUGGUUGUUUAUCAUAUCUGGAAGAUCCCCGUGGAUUUAGAAGCUUAGUGGCCCAAACUUUAACGACGGAAAAUGCAGUUGCAUGGGCUGCUCGGCCAGAGUACGUUACAUCGUUUACAAAUGAUAAAACUGUACUGAACAUAAUAACAUAUUUUUUACAAUGGUCUAAGAAAGAAAUCAAUCCUUCCGAGAACAUCAAGUAUUCAUUACAAAAUGGUUCCCAAUGGGAAAUGCCGGAAUUUGAACGAUAUUUUCUUCAUGUAUUUGCGAUAAUUGUGUAUGAAUGCAUUACAAAGGAUAAAGUAAAUCUUAUACCAUUAUGGUUACGUAUAAUUAAAAAUCUGAAAGUUAUUGAGGAAAAACCAAAUAGCUUUUCAAUAUGGCAAAUAAAACUUCUUUCAUCACAACUGUCAAAAAGAAUUAAUUCUAUAGAUGAUGCGAAUCUGUUACUCAGUUUGGAAAGUAUGCUUGCGAUUAAACAGAAAACAGCUGUUAUUCUUGAUAAAUGGGAGCAUGACAUGAAGCCUUUAUUUAAACAAUAUCUAACUAAUGGAAUGGUACAAGCUGAUACUGUAUCUCUAGCUAGAAUGUGCGCUUAUUUUAUAUUCUAUGGUAUACCAUAUCCAAUUGAUGAUAAAAUAAUCUCGAAUUGGAUUACGACAACGCAACGCUCCUCUGAUAUAUCAAAUAUAACAUUAUACAAAUUGUAUAAAAUUUUACAAUCAAUUUGUAAGUAAAAUGUAUACUGUGAUAC